GAGAAACGUCACGCACCGAAGUUAUUGGACUCUCUAUUUAUGCUCGCUCAGGCAGUGCGAGCCUGCAUAGCGCGCCCCCAUCGAUUCAUCACACCAGCCACACGACUAUCCCGCACAUCCCUGCACAACUUUACCAGAACCAUGGCGAGCGUCAGCGCAGCAGAGUCCCUGCAGGAGGAGGUCGCGCAGCAGAAGGCCCUGCUCAGAGACCUGCAGAACCAAAAGGCGGACGCGGCGCUCAUCGAGGAGGCCAAGAAGAAGCUGGCAGACCUCCAGAAGUCGUUUGGGCUGCUUCAAAGCGCGAUGAAGGCGGGAGGCAGCACCAAGAAGGGACGUCUCCUUCUGAAGACACCCAAGGGCACGCGGGACUAUGGUCCGAGCGAAAUGCACUGCCGCGAGUUCAUCGAGCGCACCGUCAAGGACUGCUUCACGACCUAUGGCGGCGGCUGCCUCGACACGCCGGUGUUCGAGCGGAAAGACAUCCUCGCGGGCAAGUACGGGGAGGAUGCGAAGCUCAUCUUCGACUUGAUGGACCAGGGAGGAGAGCAGCUCGCGCUCAGAUACGACCACACUGUCCCGCUGGCGCGGUAUUUGGCGAUGAACGGCGCACAGGCUACGCAGGCGAAGCUGUGGCAGGUCGGGAAGGUGUACCGGAGAGACAACCCGGUAAUUUCCAAGGGGCGGAUGCGGGAGUUCUCGCAAGCUGACUUCGACAUCGCUGGUAUUUGGGAUGUGAUGAUCCCCGACGCCGAACUCAUCAGCCUCCUAUGCACUAUCCUCUCAAAACUUGACGUUGGCGAGUUUACCGUCAAAAUCAACCACCGAAAAAUCUUGGACGGCAUCUUCGAGGUGUGCGGUGUGCCCGCAGACAAAAUUCGGACGAUCUCGUCUGCUGUAGACAAGCUCGACAAGUCACCAUGGUCAGAAGUGAAGCACGAAAUGACCGAGACGAAGGGUCUCGACCCCGCCGUCGCCGACAGAAUUGGUGAAUAUGUCAAGCACAAGGGCGGGCCCGAGCUCCUCGAGACGCUCAAGGCCGACGCCGCGCUCAUGGCAAACCCAAGUGCCAAGGCCGGCAUCGAGGAGAUGGCCAUCCUCUUCGGGUACCUCAAGUCGUACAAGGUGGUCGACCGGCUCUCGUUCGACAUGUCGCUCGCCCGCGGGCUCGACUACUACACCGGCAUCAUCUACGAGGCCAUCGUCGAGGCAUCCGCGCCGCCCGGGUUCAACUCCGCCAACGCCUUCGCGUCCGCGCCGCCCAAAUCGCCCGCACCCGCGCCCGCUGCCGCGCAGCCGAAGAAGAAGGCGAAGAAGGCGCAGACGGGGCAGGACGAGGAGGACGAGGAGAUCGACGAGUCGACGGUGGGCGUGGGCUCGAUCGCCGCGGGCGGGCGGUACGACAACCUCGUGGGCAUGUUCACCGCCGCGGCCGCAGGCGAGAGCAAGAAGGCGGCGCAAUUGCCGUGCGUCGGCGUCAGCAUCGGCCUCGACCGCGUGUUCGCGAUCGUGUGGCCGCGCUGGGUGAGCAAGGGCAUGCGCAGCAAGGAGACGAUGGCGUAUGUCAUGUCGGCGGGCGAUGGCCUGUUGAACGAGCGCGUGGAGCUUGCGCAGGAGUUGCGCGCCAAUGGGAUCAAGACGGACUUCCUAUUCAAGGCGAAGCCCAAGCUGCCCGCGCAGUUCGCGGCUGGUGAGCGCGACGAGGUGCCCUUCGCGAUCAUCCUCGGGGAGACGGAGCUCAAAGAGGGCCUCGUCACCGUCAAGGAGCAGUACUGGGAGCUGGUCGACGGGAAGAAGCAGAAGAUCGAGAGUGCGGACAAGGGCGUGAAGGUGAAGCGCGCCGACCUCGUGCAGUGGCUCAAGGACAGGCCGAUCAUGAAGGACUGGGACAGCGGGAGGUUCUUGUAGAACUAGGUGCUGUUUCGGGAUGAUGCAGGGAUGUUGUUGGUUGGUUGUAGUAUUUAUUCGUCCU